AUGAAACACAAUAAUGUACCAGUCGCUGUUACCAACCGAGGUCCAACAAUUGAAGAAUUAGUAAUGAUUGGCAGUCAAUAUGCAGAGGAUGCAGGGGGAUGUACUCGCCCGCCCACUGCUGUCUUCACCGAUCAAAGUGCUGGUACAGCACUUCUCAGCUUGAUGCUUUACCUAGAAAUAAUCAUCAAGAAUAGAAAUGGAAACAGUAUCUGAUUUGCGGAAGCGAGCCUCACUUCGUCCGGAUGUCAGUUUGCCGAUUUAUUCUUUCGAACGCAAUGUUUGUAUUGCUAACUUUUACAGACCACGUCCAUGCAGGAUAUGACGACAAACGAGGUUCGAAGUCGUUAUGUACUCCUGCUGUGGGAUGA